CCCCCGCUUUUAUUUUCUAUAAAUAUAAAUAUAUAACCAAAAUUUUGCCCAAUAAGACAAUUUUGCUGGUCAUUCCACAAAUUCUCUCUAUUAUUUAUUACACCUUGUUAGUUACUUGAGAAGUGAAGAAAGUAGUUUUAACGCUAUGCCUCCAAGAAAAGAACUCUGCAGGAAUUUUAUGCGUGGCAGCUGUCAAUAUGGUGAACGUUGUAAAUUUCUUCAUGCUGCCCAACAACAACCGAAACAAAAUCCAUUCGGGUUCGGCAGCCAAUCCAGUAAUUUUCAGAGUACUAAUGUGCAGCAGACAAAGUCCAACCCUUUUGGUUUUGGUGUUCAGAACAACUCCCAGCCAAGAGGGUUCAACGAUUUCGGGCCUAAACAGAAUCAAUACAAGCCUUUUGAAAACAAGUGGACUCGUUCUGCAAGUACCAACAGUUCUUCAUCGCGGCAACCUGACAAUCAGCCUGUAGCACCUAAUCACACCUGCACAGAUCCUGAGUCAUGCAGACGGCAGAUUGUGGAAGAUUUUAAUAAUGAGAAGCCAUUGUGGUUGCUCACCUGCUAUGGUCAUCGUAAAAAUGGUCCGUGUGAUAUUACCGGUGAUGUUAGCUAUGAAGAGCUGCGAGCAGCAGCAUAUGACGAUGCGAAACGUGGACAGAGCUUGACAUAUAUUGUUGAGAGAGAGAGGAGCAUGGUUAAUUCUAAAGUAGCUGAAUUUGAAAAUCUACUGCGAAAUCCUUAUGCAUCUCCAUCGACUUCUGCUCCUAAUGCUCAAAGUCCUUUUUCUGGUGCCACACCAAGUGCCUCGUCGAAUGCUCAAAGUCCUUUUCCUGGUGCCACACCAAAUGCAUCGUUUAGCGGUCAAAGCAAUUUUCCACCUUCAGCCUCGAGUUUUAGUCAGUUGGGAGCCAUACUGAAUACAGGGGCAUCAACUCCACCUAGUGCAUUUGGGCAACCUAGCCCCCUUGGCAACUCUUUUAAGACAUCGAAUUCGUCUGCGGCGAAUCCUUUUUCUUUUGGGAAUCCAUCAGCAGCAGGUUCCCUUGGGUUCGGAACUCAAGUCGCUACCCAGUCAUCUCAAAAUCCUUUUGCUCUCAGCAAUACUGUAGGAAGUUCUGGGAGGAACCCGUUUUCCACCUCAACGACCUCACCCCAUUUUCCUAACCCCUCUGGUGGACAACUUCCUUCUGUUACGGCAUCCCCUCUCAGUAUCAACUUGACGAGUGCUACAUCAACACCGGACUUCAGCGGGGAUAACAGUAUUUGGACAAAGGAAUGGAAAAUUGGGGAGAUUCCAGAAGAAGCACCCCCAGACAGAUAUGUUUACUAGGACUGCUUCUGGCACCUGACUACUGAAGGUUAUCAGUUCAAAUCAGAUACAGAAGAAACUUUGUUUCGUGACAUGGUUCAUUGACGUAGCAGCAGAAUAUUUUUGGCAUUUGAUUAAGUUCCUAUGUAGUUAUACCUUGUGAAAAAAGGGUUUACAGUAUCAGCUGUUCAGAGAGUUGUAAUAUCAUCAGGCUGUUAGCUUGUGUUUGUUCUGCUAUUUAUAUGAAAAGAAAAGGCUGGAGUCAUUUCCAUUUGUUAUCAAAAAGAAACAUAUUGUAUGUUCCAUUUGCUGUGAAAAGAGAUUUGACCAAGUUUUCUUAA